CAGUGAGUUUAUAGUGUGAGGAUGAAGGGCUGAGGCGCCUCUCAGCUCAAAGUGCAGCGCCUCUGCGUCCUGGCUGUUUUGCGCUCAAGGUGGAGUUUUGUGCCACAUCACAUCACAUCGCUGCCGCUCUAACGCGCAGUGCCGAGGCUGUUGUCCUGAAAAGAGCAAGCUGCCAGCAGCAGGAAGCGGCUCAACAACACCAACACCAACAACGGAAGCGAGCGCGUUUUGUUUUUUCCACAUUUCGGGACAAUUCUCGCUCCUCACUUUGAGUAGAGGUGUCGAGGAACAUGCGUUCAACGCGCAGGUGAAAACAAGUCUGCUGAUUCAAGUUCCUCGCUGCAGCAACUUUUAAGCCCUCGGAAGAUUUUUGUUUUUGUGUUGUUGUUGUUGUUGUUGUUUGCUUUUGAAACCUUGAAAUGUCUCGCAAGAAGACUUCCAAAGGCAAAGCCGGGAGCAGCAGCCCGUCUGCGGGCAGCCCCACCGGGAAAGGGACCACCACCGCCGGGAAGGCAGCGAGGAGCAGCCCGGGGAUUGUUCAGAUGAACGGCGUGGUCCAUCCCAGCAGACCCUCCAUCAGCAACAGCAGCGAGUUUUAUGACAUCGCUUUCAAGGUGAUGCUGGUUGGAGACUCAGGUGUGGGGAAAACAUGUCUACUGGUGCGUUUUAAAGACGGCGCUUUCCUGGCUGGCAGCUUCAUCUCCACCGUGGGCAUCGACUUUAGGAAUAAAGUCCUGAACAUUGAUGGAGUCAAGGUGAAGCUCCAGAUCUGGGACACAGCUGGACAGGAGCGGUUCCGCAGUGUCACUCAUGCCUACUACCGUGACGCCCAUGCUUUGCUUCUGCUGUAUGAUGUCACCAACAAAUCAUCCUUUGACAACAUACAGGCAUGGCUGACUGAGAUCCAUGAGUACGCCCAACAGGAUGUGGUGCUGAUGCUGCUUGGAAACAAGGCUGACGCCACUCACGAGCGGGUGGUGAAGAGAGAAGAUGGCGAGAGGCUUGCAAAGGAGUUUGGAGUUCCCUUCAUGGAGACCAGCGCCAGGUCAGGUCUCAAUGUAGAGCUGGCUUUCACCGCUGUGGCUAAGGAGCUGAAGCACCGGUCUAUGAAGGAUCCCAGCGAGAAGUUUAAGCUCCAGGAGUAUGUAAACAAGGAGAUGAAGAGCACAAGCUGCUGCAGGUCUUAAAGCCUGCCCUACUCGUUACCUGGAUCUGAGAGUUUGUGUAUUUGUGUGUAUUUGUGUGUGUGUGUGUGUGUGUGUGUGUGUACCGCAUUCAUACCCAAUGUGUUCAUAUUUAACCUGAUCAGAGAUGAGGAGUCAGCUCCAGCGAGGUAUAAAACCUUUUUGUCCUUCUGUUUCUUCACGCUCACACCUCUCUGUCUCAGUCCACCUGACCUCCAUCUGUUGUCCUGCACUCUCACUGCCCUACUCUACUUUGUAUGUCCUGCUUUUCGCCAUCCACCCCCUCCUGCAGCUGUUAAUGUAGUCCCAGGAUAUGGUUUGCAGAAUACAAAGUUAGAUGCUACACACACCUCAGUUAUCAAAGUGUAAGUUCGGUAUUUUUCAAACUCGCUCCUCUUUUCUGAUGUUUUUGUAUUUAAGUGACAGCAAUUUAUGACACUGGUCUAGUAUUAAGCGAGACUGCUGCAGCCAGCAAUGGCUAAAUAGGCUGAUAUUUAAACACUUGGGGCAUGUUUGAGUCAAUUUACGUUCACUAAAAAUGCUUGUUUUUGCCACUGACUGGUUCGGACCAUUAAGUGUCUGACACCUUAUAAAGGAUCCCUACAGAGACAGACCUUUGUGUUAAGGAGAAACAUUCUAUUUGUUUAAUAAGGAACAGCCCCAAAAUGGCGAUCACCAAACCCACCAGACUCCAUUUAAAAAAACAGUAAUUUUAUCAUUGUCAAACACACUCCUUUCAGAGCUGAAACAAAAUAAAACUCACAAAAACUGCUUUGGUUUGUCUUUCCACUUGUUAAACUAUCACCAGCUGGCGAUUUCGUGGCUGUUUCCAAUUAAACAACAAGGAUCUUACUCUUUUAAAAAAAAAAGGUCUACCUCUGUAGGGAUUAUGUCCAUAAAUUGUCAGACAAUUAAAAUAAAAAUCUGAGCCUGUCCGUGGCAGAAGCAGCACUUUGAGUGGGUGUAAAUCGACAGUACGGACAUGCCCCAUGUGUUUACACUGCAGCUUGUUUCAACACUGCCAGCUGCAGCCCUCUCACUCAACACUAGACCAAUUUCAGAAAUGGUUCCCGUAGUCACUUAGACACAAAAACGUAAGACAAUACGGUCUAGGGUGAAAAAUACUAAACUUACCUUGUAACUUAUUAAUGGACAUUUCUUCCAUAACCCCAGCAUUGAAUCAGACACCUACCUUUGCAUUACCUCAAGUUAUUUUAUUGUGAAAGGAUUUUAUCACAGCAGAAUUAAUGGUCUUCUUGUAAAGCCAUAUACAGUAUUCCUCACAUCCAUUUAAAAUGUCACCAUUUUAUUUGAAUGUUCUCUUCUUAACAACCGUGUGGAUGAAUGUUCCUAUAAUAGAUGUACAGUGGCGUGUGUUUCGUCCAUGGGUUCGGUGUUCAUGUCACUUAAUCAGCGGGCUCUCUGGAGCCACUUUAGCUCACCAGCAUAAACUCAAUCCAAGCAUUUCCAUGAUUCAGCUGUGGAUAUAUGGGAAUAUGUCUUACUUCUAGUUAUUGAUGUUGCCAUUUUGUAUACAAGGAUAUGAAGUAAAUAAUUGCAUCGUUAGCCACAAUAAGUUGUUUUAGUAGAAUUCAUGCUAGAUCCAAACAUGAAAUAUACAGUAGUUUAAACAGACUUUUAGAAACAUGGCAGUGCAUGAGUCACACCACUUCAACAUUUUGGGGAGUUUUCCAAUAUUAGAGAAUCAAUGUUGAGUCUUGGAGAGCUCUAAUGCAACCUCUUAUUAUAUAUAUGAUUUUGAAAUUGUUAUUUAAAGCAUAAUGUAUAUACUUGAGUUUUUUCUGCAUGUAAAAAAGUUUUGAGGAGAUUAGCACUUUAGAUGGCGAA